CCUCUUCAUUUCUUACUGAGUCAAAAUGCCCAUCCUCGGGCUGCAACCAUCAUCUGCAUCGGUCUAUCCUCCUCACUUCGACAUCGAAUCUAUCAUCCGUCCGAACAUCCUUACCCUCCAACCUUACCGUUGUGCGCGCGACGACUACCAAGAAGGAAUUCUCCUCGAUGCAAACGAAAACUCUCUCGGUCACUCCAUUCCUACUGCUCCUUCAAAACUAGACGCUGCAGUCUCGGGCACAGGACCGGAUUUCUCGUCGCUUGACUUGAAUCGUUAUCCAGACCCAGCGCAGCGAGAAAUCAAGUCGCGCAUUGCAAAAUUACGAGGACUUACGACCGCCGAGGGCGUACCAAAGGAUGACCACGUUUUUCUUGGUGUUGGAAGUGACGAGGUCAUUGAUUUGCUUAUGCGCGUUUGCGUUGCGCCUGGGCGGGAGAAAAUCAUGACCACUCCGCCGACGUACGGGAUGUAUGCGGUUUGUGCUCAAGUAAACGAUCUAGAGGUCGUGAAGGUACCUUUGAACGCUGAGAAAGGUGCCUUCCAGCUUAGAAUAGAUGAGAUAAAAAGAGCAGUCGAUGAGGACCCGUCAGUCAAGUUAAUUUUCCUAUGCUCUCCUGGAAACCCUUCAGGAACGCUUAUUUCGCUAGCGGACGUUCAACAACUAUUAGAGUACCCAAAGUUCAAGGGCAUAAUCAUCAUUGAUGAAGCAUAUAUCGACUUUUCUCCUCCGGAAAUGAGUGCUGUUACGCUUGUGGAAAAGUACGCGAACUUGUGUGUCAUGCAGACCUUGAGUAAAAGUUUUGGAUUGGCAGCUAUUCGAUUAGGAGUUGCUAUCGCGCAACCUCCUUUGAUACAGAUCCUCACAAAUACCAAAGCUCCAUACAACAUUUCCACACCCACUGCCACACUCGCACUUUCUGCACUCUCACCCGAAGGACUCUCGCUCGCGCGUUCACGUAUUGCCACACUUACCUCUUCACGCAUCCAACUCCUUAAGUCCCUCCAGGAACUCAGGUCGCUCGGUCUCGCACCCGCAAUAGGCGGGAAUCACGCGAACUUUUUGAUGGUACCCGUGCUGGAUAAGGCUGGAAGUGGUAAGCCUGAUAACGUACGCAGCGAGCGUGUGUAUAAGGAACUUGCGGAGCGUGAGGGUAUUGUUGUUCGGUUCCGUGGGCGUGAGCAUGGAUGUGAGGGGUGCUUGAGGAUUACGGUUGGUACGGAGGAAGAAAACAGAAUGCUUUUGCGGAAGUUAGGAGAGGUUUUGCAGCGCAUAUAGACAUCUUGAAUGGGCAUCGUGCUGGCCGAUGAACGGAUGGAUCUAUUGUUGAAUCAAAGAGGGACGUCCUCUACAUGUUAUACAAACGGUAUUAUAGACCAGAGAUACUGAAUACGUAGAAUAAACUG